AUCCGCCUUCAUUUUUCAACCUAGGUUACCACUCACAGCUUCCUAUAUAUUCCUCAUUUCAGCCUCAUUACCGUACACUGCCAUUACUUUCUCUCGGAUCUAUUUAAUUACCCAUUCAUAAACAUGGCCAAGAUUAAGAUCGGGAUUAAUGGAUUUGGAAGGAUCGGUCGCCUUGUUGCUAGAGUGGCCCUGCAGAGUGAUGAUAUCGAACUUGUUGCUGUUAAUGAUCCCUUCAUCACCACUGAUUACAUGACCUACAUGUUCAAGUAUGAUAGUGUACACGGCCAGUGGAAGCACCACGAUAUCAAGGUUAAGGACAGCAACACUCUUCUCUUCGGGGAAAAAGCAGUCACCGUUUUUGGCAUUAGGAACCCGGAUGAGAUCCCAUGGGGAGAGGCUGGAGCUGAAUAUGUGGUUGAAUCCACUGGAGUUUUCACUGAUAAGGACAAAGCUGCUGCUCAUUUGAAGGGUGGUGCAAAGAAGGUUAUCAUCUCCGCACCAAGCAAGGAUGCCCCGAUGUUUGUUGUUGGUGUGAAUGAGAAGGAGUACAAGGCAGAUCUCAACAUUGUUUCCAAUGCUAGUUGUACUACCAACUGUCUUGCUCCAUUGGCGAAGGUUAUCAAUGAUAGAUUUGGUAUUCUUGAGGGUCUCAUGACGACUGUCCAUUCCAUCACUGCAACCCAGAAGACUGUUGAUGGACCAUCAAUGAAGGACUGGAGAGGUGGAAGAGCCGCUUCCUUCAACAUCAUUCCCAGCAGCACUGGUGCAGCUAAGGCCGUUGGUAAAGUUCUGCCUGCUCUAAAUGGAAAGUUGACAGGAAUGGCUUUCCGUGUUCCCACUGUUGACGUCUCUGUUGUUGACCUCACUGUUAGGCUUGAAAAGAAGGCCACUUACGAAGAUAUUAAGGCUGCCAUCAAGGAAGAAUCAGAGGGCAAGCUGAAGGGAAUUCUUGGGUACACAGAAGAUGAUGUUGUUUCAACCGACUUUGUUGGUGACAGCAGGUCUAGCAUUUUUGAUGCCAAGGCUGGCAUUGCUUUGAACGACAACUUUGUGAAGCUCGUCACUUGGUAUGACAACGAGUGGGGAUACAGUUCACGUGUGAUCGACCUGAUUCGUCACAUUAGCUCUGUUCAAUAAAUGCGUUCUCUAAGAUUGUGAAGGUGGGGAGUGUUUGGAUCUGUGGAUUUUCUCAACUAUUAGGCCCUGAGGUUCAGAGCAGGGAUUUUUAAUUUUAGCGUGGAGUUUGAAUAACCGGAGGAUUAGGGAUUAUGAUGAAAAUUUUGUUGGAACCUUGUGUGUUUGUGGCCUCCCAAUUUCUUUUUGAGGGACGGAUUUGGAAUCCUGUUUUUUCCUUUCAAAUGAUAAGUUGGCACUUUUUUUAUUGGGUUUA